AUGAAAGGUGAGCAACAAGCUAGGAACUUCAAAUUUGGGACUUUAAUUAAUUAUAGAUGGAUAGGCAGACAUUUUGCAGAUAGGAUAAGGCAACAACCAGACAUAAAAAUGUCUGUAAUGCAGGAGUUAGUGAUGAAAAAAUACAAGUGUUUUGUAACUCAUACACAAUGCAAAAGGGCAAGAUCAUGGGCAUUGACUGAAUUUGAGAAGUCAUUAGAGGAACACUAUGCUCUACUUAGGCCAUAUGGUGAUGCAUUGUUAAGAACAAAUCAUGGGUCUACAGUCAAGCUUGGUACAACACAGAACCCAGAUGGAAAGGUGUAUUUUGAUAGAUUCUAUGUCUGUUUGGCAGCUUUGAAGUUAGAUAACUGGAUAUGGUUCUUGAGCUUGCUUGAAGAGGAUCUUCAGUGUCCAGAAGGUGAUCAACUAACUCUAAUGUCAGACCAACACAAGGGUCUAAUUGAAGCUGUUAAGGAGGUUAUGCCUAGAGCAGAACACAGGCAGUGUGCAAGGCACAUUUAUGAGAACUUUAAGAAGAUAUACAGUGGUGAACACUUCAGGAGCUUUUUUUGGAAGGCAUGCAAGGCUACUUAUCCUGCCCAGUUUGAGGAGGCCAUGAAAGAGGUUAAGGUAGCUAAUCCUAAUGCCUUUAAAUACCUAAUGGAUAGAAACCCCAAAUCUUGGUCUAGGGCCUUCUUUUGGUUACACACAGGUUGUGAGGCUGUUGAAAAUGGGUUUAGUGAAUGUUGGAAUUCUGUUUUGCUUAAAGUUAGGAAUAAGCCAAUAAUAACCUUGCUAGAAUCAUUAAGGGUCAUAAUAAUGAUAAGGUUGGAGGGCAUUAGAGAGUUAAGUGCUAAGUGGGUUAAUGAUGUGUGUCCUGCUAUUAGAAAGAAAAUGGAUUUAAUUAAAAAUGAGAGGGAAUCAAGGAGUUGUGAUUGUAGGUUGUGGGAACUCAGUGGGAUCCCUUGUGUGCAUGCUGUGAAUGCCAUAUUCAAACUAAAUCAGGAACCUGAAGAUUACAUUUCAGGUUGGUUUAGGCUAGAUAUGUAUAGAGAAGCAUACAACCAGUGCCUUAUUCCUGUUGGUGGCAUGGACACAUGGCAAAUAAACCCUGACCACAAUGUGCCAUUGCCCCCAAGGCCUAGGAAUAUGCCUGGUAGGCCCAAGAAACAAAGAAUCAAAGCUGUACAUGAACCCAGGGUAAGUCACAACAGAGUCACAAGGCAUGGUGCCAUUAUGACUUGUUCCAAAUGUUGGCAACAAGGCCAUAAUAUGAGGGGAUGUAAGAAUGGAGCUGUUCCAAGGCCUGCUCAUAUUAAGAAGCCAAGAAAAAAGAAGACAACAAAGGUUGGACAGGAUGAAAGUGCAACUGGAGGGCAUACUAAUCAAUCAUCUCAAAGAAUGCAGAGUCAGUCAAGUCAAAGAAACAACAAUGAAAGCCAAGGCCAAGGACUGCAGAAUCAGUCAUGUGAAAGAAACAACCAUGAAACUACUCAAUCAUCACAAAGAAACAACAAUGAAACCCAAGGUCAGAAUAAUAGCCAAGGAUUGCAGAGUCAACCAUAA